AUGGCGUCGACAAACUCGACAGCAGCAGCAGCACCAGCAGGCUUCCAAUUCCCGCGCGAGUACUACUUCCCGCCCUUCUUCACCCGCCAGACCAACCUCAACACGCACCACGCCCAGCUGGUCAAGUGGUCGUCCCUCGUCCUCUCGUACUGCCAGCACCACCGCAUCUUCAAGCUCUCGCUGAGCCCGACCGGGUCGUCGUCCGCCACGGCGGCAGCCGACGGCAGCAGCGGCAGCACGGAGGACAUAUUCCACAACAAGAAGCUCAACAGGCGGCUGGCGCUGGCGGACAUUAGGGAGGUGGUCGACUUCAUGCGCAAGGACGGGCGAGCCGAGUACGUGGGCGGGGCCGAGGGCGGCGCGGGCGCGGGCGGCGACGUCGUGUGGGUGUACUGGCGGACGCCUGAGGAGUGGGCGGCGCUGGUCGAGGGCUGGGUGGACGAGACGGCGCAGAAGGGGACGGUGUUGACGCUGUACGAGCUCACCGAGGGCGAGGCGACGAGGGGCACUGAUUUCCACGGCCUGGAUCAGGACCUGCUGCAAAAAGCCCUCAACGUACUGGUCAAGAGGGGAAAGGCACAGAUCUUCGGACAGGAGGAUUCACAAGGUGUCAAGUUUUUCUGA